AUGGCAUCAACCGAAGAAGAAUGGUCGGUCUCUGCCAAUGAUGCCGUCGUGCUUUCCAUGGUCAGACCCGGAUCAGAUGGCAUCGAAACAGUGGCUGAAUUCUCGCCAACAUUCACAUAUCCCAUCUUUGGCGAAGCGGAGCAGAUCUUUGGGUAUAAGGAGCUCGAGAUUGGAAUACAGCUUGCAGCCCACGAUGGCUCUCCUCACGUCGAUAUCUCAUACAAGAAGAAGUUCCCUGGUGUAAAAUCCACACAAGCCCUCGACUUGAACAGAACAUUGAAAGAGUUCCUCCCCGCGUCCGCAUUCCAGCAAGACUAUGACGAGAGAUUACAGAAUGAGAGAGUCCAAUGGACACCACCUGGUGAACUUGUACACAAAUACUCCAAGAAAGGUCAAGACUUUGAAGUUUGGGCUGGCAGCCUCCUCGAUCCAAAAGUCAAGCAGUUGGUCAACAAUGUUCAGAUCCUGGUCCUUUUUUACAUUGAAGCUGGUUCCUUGCUUAACCUAGAUGAGGUCGAUUGGAGCCUGGACAGAUGGCGAGUCUACUUCGUCUAUGAAAAAGCCACACCUUCCACUGCAGCCGUGUCGUCGUAUACUUUCAUGGGCUACUCGACAACGUAUCGUUUCUGGAGAUAUGCCGUCUCAAGAACACAAGCUACCCGAGGCAGUAUAAUAGAGCAUUUCCCGAAUCUUCCUUCAAUCUCUCCGAAGCAGCUUGACUCUCGCCUACGUGUAUCACAAUUUCUCCUGCUCCCUCCUUACCAGAAAUCAGGCCAUGGCUCGCAGCUCUACCAAGCAAUCUAUAACGAAGUCAUAGCUGAUCAAACGAUCUACGAGCUGACAGUCGAAGACCCUAGUGAGGAAUUUGACCAGCUUAGAGACUCAUGCGACUGGAAGGUCCUCGAACCACAAUUUCGAGCUGCUCAUCUCGCAAUCGACGCCUCGAAACCGGCCGGCAGUAAACGGAUUGAAAGAGUACCCACAGCUGUGUUGUUGCCCCUAGAAGUCUUGACCUCGAUCCGGACCAAGAACAAAAUCGCACCAAGACAAUUUGCACGUUUAACGGAACUAUACCUUCUGUCCCUGAUUCCAUUCUCUCAUCGCAGCACUGGUGGUGCAAGCCUUACCAAGCUCAAGCUGCAAAAACAUACCAACAAAGAUGUGAACGACAGAAUAUACUACUGGUGGCGGGUACUUCUCAAACAGCGGAUCUAUAGAAAGAACAAAGACGUAUUACGGCAAGCAGAUACGGAGGAGAAAUACAACGGGCUCGAAGAUAGUGCGCGAGGCCAAGAAGAUGAGUAUGAAGGCCUUCUAAUGCUCUUUGCACUACGACAAGCUAGUGCUCAAGGAUUGACUGGUAAUGGCGAGUCCUCAAUACCCAGGAAGCGGCCUGUCGUUGAGGAUGAUGACGAAGAGGAAGUAGGAGAGCUGGAAGUGAGCAUGCCGAAGAGGGCACGACCAUAA